ACCAACCGUCGGUCUUUCAUAAUUUUCAAGAUCAGGAGUCAUAUAUCUCAAAUAUUUGAGUAAACAGUCGUCUGUGCCAUAUGCUGGCCAACUGGGACGAGGGGCAGGGUUGUGCCGCUGCUCGACGCUUACAUAAUGUCCGUGUCGCUGGUCCCCCAAAUCCGGAAAUUGGUCAACAGCAGGCGGCACUUCCUAGUGCUGCGUCGAUCGCUGAACCAAGAUCUGACCACGGCGCUGAGGCCCUUCUACUUUGCGGUGCAUCCGGACUUCUUUGCCCAGCAUCCUGAGCAACGGAACACCAACGAGAACUCCCUGAAAUUGCUCAGCGAGCACCUGGAGGCCUUGUACGAGCGCCGCCUGCGCAAUGAGGAUACGCAGGUGCUCAAGUUCUAUGUGCGCGCCAGUUCUGAUGCAAACAAGCGCGAUACCUUCCGGCUCAUUCAGAUACGCACGGACAGGCAGAGCACGCGGGAUCCAAAGAGAUUCAUCCAGGGGCUCCUCGAGUCCUGCAAUCUAUCCACGGAGUACGUAAAGAACAUCAAGGCGCAACCAGAGCCGCCCAAGAGCUCGGGAUUGGAGUUUAGGCCCAGCCAGGACUACCACUACGACGCAGAGUUUGCGGAAUUCGAAUCUCAGCUAAAGAAUGAGCGUGCCAGCAAGCGUCCAGUGCUGACCACCUGGCUAGAGGAGAACGCCGACAAGGCCAGGCAGCGGGUCAAGGAAACCGCAGAGUUACAGGCAGAGAUUGACAAGCUGCAGCGGGUGCUGGUAGAGAAGCUGCAGCUGCGCGAUGCGCGCUACGAGUGCGGCUGGAAUAUUGAUCACUAUCGCGGCUGCCUGAAGACCCUGGAGCGACUGGCCAACACGCAUCUGGUAGAAAUGGCUCCUCUUAAAGGACGCAUUGUGGUCUUUGCCCCCUUCACGGGCAUCAGCCUAGAAGGUCACGUUAUGCUCUUCACCGGCGAUGUGCUCAGCACGUGGAUUGACUUCAUCAAGAACAUUCCGCAUCACGAUGCCUAUUUGAAGGUAGUUCCCGUAUAUGAACGGACCUUAUCGCAGGUCCUCCUGGAGAUUCAGAUCGGGCGGCGCAAGUUUAUGCCCAAGCAGCAGGCUAGCGGCUAUGCCAAUCACCUGAUGAAGGUGACAACCUCGCUCAACGAUUAUUUAGGCAAACAAAAGUACCCAACGGAAUGGCCAAAGACGCUAAAAGAGUUCACCAUUGUGGUGGAAUCGGAGGCUGGUCCACUUAUGGUGAGUCCCACGGGUCAGUUCAUUACACCGGCCACUUGUCCGGGCUCCAUACUCGUGGACUUCAUUACCCAGCACAUGGAACUAGCAAGAGAGCGGAUGAAGAAAUAUGCUCAGGACAAGCACGUCGAGCAGGAGCUCAUGGAUGCGUGCAUAAAGCAGCUGCAGCUGCAGUCACUGACCAAAGACGAUGCCAUCACUCCGGACAAAAUGAUAGCGGCACUCCGAGACCUGUCCCAGAUGCAGGUGCAGCAGCAGCUGAAGCAGGGCAAGCUGCACAUCACACACUACUAUUCGGUGCUGACCGACGGCGUGGUGUGCAUUCCCUGGGACUUUGCGCAACGGUGAAAAGAACUCUUCUCAUAUGUGCCUUAUUAGUCGGAAAAUAUACUAAGUAAUGAUAUAUGGUUA